AGCAUUGGAGACACAGAUACAGAGAACAGACCUAUGGCCAAGCGUGGGGAGAAGAGGGAGAGGGUGAGACGAAUGCAGAGAGUAGCAUGAAUGCGUAUACACCAACCUGUGUAAACGGACAGCCAAUGGAAAUUUGCCGUAUGACUCGGGGACUCAAAUUGAGGCUCCGUAACAGCCCAGAGGGGCGGGAAUGGUGAGAGGUGGAGGCAGAUUCAAGGGGGAGGGGACAUAUGUACACCUAUGGUUAAAUAUAACAGAGAUCAAGCCAAUAUUGUAAACCAAUCAUCAAUCAAAUAAAAAUAAAUAUUUUAAAAAUAAAUAAAUUGAAAGGUAUAAAAGGGUUUUACCAGAUCCUCCCAAGCGCUGGAAUUCUUAGGAUGGACUUAAAAAACUUGUAUUAGGUUCACAAGAAAAGUUCAAGUACUUGGAGAAGUUCUGGUUGUUAGAUCAAGGUCCUUGAACACUUAAGAACCAAAUACAUUAAAUUUAUAAAUGCAGUUUCAAAGUGUUCAUGGGAAUUUAAUUAGCUAGUCCUGUAACUGGGACCAAUUAAGGCUGUUUAUUAGCACUCCCCUUGAUUGUUUUGAACUGUAACCAAGCAGGAAAACAUCCUUCCAGCCUCUCCCCUAAGUCCACUCAUCCACUAGCAGGAGACAGACUGGCGUUUGCAAGCUUUGCUGGACUCACACUUUACAGUGAACAACCUUCCCCUGCUCCCAGCCUCCCACUCCCUUAAAGAAUGGGGUGUUUAUCUUGAAUCCUGUGUCUGACUGUUUACAACCCCAUGGACUGUAGCCCACCAGGCUCCUCUGUCCAUGGGAUUCUCCAGGCAAGAAUACUGGACAGGAUUGCCAUGCCCACCUCCACGGGAUCUUCCUGACCCAGGAAUAGAACCCCAGUCUCCUGGGUUACCAUGCCGUCCUCCAGGGGAUCUUCCUAACCCAGGGAUUGAACCUGGGUCUCCUGGGUUGCCACGCCCUCUUCCAGCAGAUCUUCCUGACCCAGGGAUAGAACCCCAGUGUCCUGCAGGCAGACUCUUUACCAUCUGCGCCACCAGACAAGCCCUUAGUAAUCAUGAAUACAUGUUAUCAUGCAUUUGUCAAAACCCAUAAACCUGCACAAUGCAGAGUGAAGUCUAACGUAAGCGGUGGACUUUAGUUAAUCACGACUUCAUUCAUCAACUGCGGCAAAAUUUGGGCCUGUGAGGCUGCCAGGGUUAAUACCAUGACAGGCGGCCUGGACCUAAGUUUUAGCUUCCCCCGAAAUGGUAAGAUUCCCUACCCGCAUCAAGUAACCUGGAGCCAGCCAAUCAAUAUGCGCCCAACAAGAACAAAGGGAGAGCUGAAAAGCCCGCGAAAGUCUGUACGGAUAGAAUUGCUUUGCAAACAUGUAACCAAUCCGCUUAAGCCAGUUACUAACCGCUUUUGCAUAUCUCAUAAAUUUGUGUAACAAGCUUGAGCUCGGCGCUUUCUGACCCUGCACCAUCGUGAUGUUGGUGGCAGAAGGCCCUGGCUCGAGACAGUAAUAAACUUCCCUUUUUUUGCGAGUUGCAUUGUCUUGGAAGCCUUCUCUCUCUUCCCGCUCGGGGAUUCGGACAUCGGGCAUAACAUUUGGGGGCUCGUCCGGGAUCCCUUGACCGGGAGAAGAGAACGCUUACAGAACAAAGGGGAAGGAUAAAUAAUAACACCGGUGCUCAGGAAGCAGGGAGGCAGCCGACUCCGCUGGAAGGCUUUUUAUAAACGGGGAGCCAGUCGGCGUAAGGCCUGGGCCAGCGGACGCGCUGGGAGGCAGCCGACUCCGCGGGAAGGCUUUUUAUAAACGGGGAGCCAGUCGGCGUAAGGCCUGGGCCAGCGGACGCGCUGGGAGGCAGCCGACUCCGCGGGACUCCGCGGGAAGGCUUUUUAUAAAGGGGGAGCCAGCCGGCGUAAGGCCAAGGCCAGCGGACGCGCUGGGAGGCAGCCGACUCCGCGGGAAGGAAAGUUCCUCUCCCGACCCCGAGUCUGAUGAACAGCGGACGUCAUUCGGUAAGGUGAAUCUGCCACCGGGAGGCAAGAAAAUUCAGGGGGCCCGAAAACCCAGCGCUGUGUCGUCGGCCGACGUUUGUUUGUCCGUGUGUUUGUCUUUGGCUCUCCGUGUUUUUUAUGUGUGCCGGCAUUGUCUCUAGUCUCGUUCUCUUCUGGUGCAUUGUUCUCUCUCACUUCUGACUUAUUCUCUUUCUCUCUCUUCCUUACCGUUAAUUCUUUGACCAUGGGGCAAGGAGAAUCUACCCCACUUUCUCUCAUGACUGACCAUUUUUCGGAUGUCAGGGCCAGGGCCCAUGACUUGUCUUUGCUGGUCAAGAAAAGUAAAUUAAUAACUUUUUGUUCUGCAGAGUGGCCCGCCUUUCAGGUUGGAUGGCCUCCGGAAGGCACCUUUCAACCGUCCAUCAUACAGGCUGUGAAGGAAAAGAUUAUGGCUCCUGAUCCCUGGGGCCAUCCGAGUCAGGUCCCCUAUGUCAUGGUCUGGCAGGAUCUAGUGGAAAAUCCGCCUAAAUGGUUAAAACCUUUUGUUUACAAACUUCCUAGUUCCUCCAGUUCACAGGUCCUGGUGAUGGAGACCCCCCCGGAGGAAACCAAAAAGAAAGAGGACCCAAAACCAGUCCUUCAGGAAUCUUCUUAUCCAAACCUGAUAGAUCUAGAAAUGGAGAUAAGGCCUCCGCCAUAUGUGCCCUCCUUGCAAUCCCCUCCGAGGAGAGAAGCUCCCACAGGUGAACCGAGAGGAUUAAGAGGGCCAACGGGAACCAACCAUGAGGGGGGACCGGCAUUGGGGACCCGGGGGAAAACUAAGGGAGAUAAGGGUAAGCAAGACCCUGGGGACCUAGAGUUACCUUCAUCCACUGUUCAGGCGCUCCCUGUCCGAGUGGGACCAACUAACCCGGACGGAGAGCGAACCUAUCAGUACUGGCCCUUUUCCACGAGUGACCUGUACAAUUGGAAGACCCAAAACCCUCCUUUCUCAGAGAAGCCCCAAGGCCUCAUUGACCUCUUAGAUUCCAUUUUGUUCACUCAUAAUCCCACCUGGGAUGAUUGUCAGCAGCUGUUGCAGGUGCUCUUCACCACGGAAGAACGGGAGCGAAUUCUGGCAGAGGCGCGGAAACGGGUACCAGGGGUCGACGGGAGGCCAACUGCCCAGCCUCAUCUUGUGGACGAGGGGUUUCCCCUGUUGCGGCCUAACUGGGAUUUUGAGCGAGUGGAAGGUAGGGAGCGUCUCCGAGUAUACCGCCAGACUCUAAUGGCUGGCCUGCGGGCUGCAGCAAGAAAGCCGACAAAUCUGGCAAAGGUAAAUUUAGUAAGGCAAGAGCCCACUGAAAGCCCGGCAGCCUUCCUAGAGAGGCUGAUGGAAGCUUUCAGGCAAUAUACACCUAUGGACCCCCAGGCUGAGGAGUCACGCGCUGCAGUUUUGUUAGCGUUUGUGAAUCAGGCAGCCCCAGAUAUUAGGAAGAAAUUACAAAAAGUAGAGGGAUUGGGAGAACAGACAAUACAGGAUUUACUGAAAGUAGCUGAAAAGGUAUUUAAUAAUAGGGAGACCCCAGAAGAAAGGGAAGAGUGAAUUCGGCGGGAGGAAAGGGAAUUAGCGGAGAAGAUCAGGAAAGAAGACAGGGAACAUAGGGCUAGAGAAAACCGGAAGAACCAGAAGGAGCUAGCCCAGAUUCUUUUUGCGGGGAUAAAGGCUGGAACAGAAUUGAGGGAACCUCGAAACCCCCGGACGAGAGAAAAAGAAAAACCAAAAAGGCAGGCCCUAAAGAAGGAUCAGUGCGCCUACUGCAAAGAACAGGGGCACUGGAAAAACAAGUGCCCUAAGAGGGACUCAAAGAGAGGAAUGACCCAGAGAGAAAAAAUCCCCCCUGGAACUCGAGUUCUAUAUGCGGGGGAAGACAGUGACUAGGGGAGUCGAGACUCGGCACCCCUCCCCGAGUCCUGGGUAACCAUACAUGUGGAGGGGAAACCCGUUGGCUUCACGGUAGAUACUGGCGCCCAACACUCUGUUUUAAAUAAAAAACUGGGACCAAUGUCUAAGAAAGCCAGCUUAGUGCAAGGAGCCACGGGGACAAAAAGAUAUUGUUGGACCACAGAACGGAAAGUAAAUCUGGGGACCCACCAGGUGUCCCAUUCGUUUUUGGUGAUACCAGAAUGCCCAGCCCCUCUACUUGGAAGAGACUUGUUGACUAAAGUUAAUGCUCAGAUCCAUUUUGACCCCGGGGGAAUGUCAGUCACGGAUGGACUUGGACAACCGAUACAUGUCUUGUCCCUAGCCUUAAGGGAUGAAUACAGACUUUUUGCGCCUAAGCCCUCAGAGACCAUAGCACUAGAUGUACAACCGUGGGUCCAUAAAUACCCAUUGGCCUGGGCAGAAACAGCAGGAAUGGGACUAGCUAAACAGAGACAUCCGGUCGUCAUCGAGCUAAAGGCCGAGGCAAUUCCUGUGAGGGUGAGACAGUACCCUAUGAGCCAAGAAGCUCGGCGGGGGAUCACUCCCCACAUUCGACGGCUCAUGGAGGCCGGAAUUCUCAGGCGAUGCCAAUCCCCUUGGAACACCCCCUUACUGCCGGUGAAGAAGCCAGGGGGGACGGAUUACAGACCUGUCCAAGACCUGCGAGAAGUCAACAAACGGGUGAGUGACAUACACCCAACUGUCCCUAACCCGUAUACUCUCCUGAGCAGUUUACUGCCUGAGUACACUUGGUACACUGUGCUGGACUUGAAGGAUGCCUUUUUCAGCCUACCCCUGGCAGUCCAGAGCCAGGAGAUAUUUGCCUUUGAGUGGACUGAGGGGGAAGGCCAACCGGUAGUACAAUUAACUUGGACCCGCCUCCCACAGGGGUUCAAGAACUCCCCUACCUUGUUUAAUGAGGCUCUGAGUGAGGACCUCUACGAAUAUCGGGCUUGCCACCCAGAGGUCAUUCUGCUACAAUAUGUAGAUGACCUUAUGUUGGCUGGAACCACAGAGGAAGCUUGCAGCCAUGCCACUGGGGACCUAUUACAGACCCUAGGCAUCUUGGGGUAUCGCGCUAGCGCAAAGAAGGCACAAAUAGCCCGGCAAGAGGUCACCUAUUUGGGGUAUAAGAUCAGACAGGGGCAAAGGUGGCUAACCCAGGCCAUGAAAGAAACAAUAUUGCAGAUACCAGAGCCCAAAAACCCUCGCCAGGUGAGAGAGUUCCUGGGGACUGUUGGAUAUUGCAGACUGUGGAUUAUGGGGUUUGCUGAGAAGGCCCGGCCCUUAUAUGAGGGAAGUAAAGAGACCCCAAAGUGGACUUGGACUGAGCCAAUGAAACAGGCUUUCCAGACACUCAGACGGGCCCUACUAGAAGCCCCAGCCCUUGCCCUGCCUAACCCAAAUAAGUCAUUCCAGCUGUUUGUAGAUGAAAAGCAAGGAAUAGGAAAGGGGGUCUUGACUCAACAAUGGGGACCAUGGAAGCGGCCGGUAGCAUACCUUUCGAAGCGAUUAGACCCGGUGGCCGCUGGGUGGCCCCCUUGCCUUCGCAUCAUUGCAGCUACAGCCCUCCUCGUCCACGACGCUGACAAGUUGACGUAUGGACAGCAACUCUCGGUUUACACCCCCCACGCAGUGGAAGGGGUUUUAAAGCAGCCGCCGGGUAAGUGGAUCUCCAAUGCCCGCUUGACACACUACCAGGCCUUGCUGCUCGAUGCCCCACGGGUGCGUUUUCAGACCCCUUGCUCCCUAAAUCCGGCCACGCUCCUACCCAACCCAGAGAAGGACAGCCCUCUCCAUGAUUGCAGUGAGAUACUGGCUGAGGCCCUGGCGGCACGAAGAGACUUAACUGAUGUACCCCUAAGCAACAGUGAGCUAGUAUGGUUCACCGAUGGGAGCAGUUAUGUAAAAGAUGGGCAAAGGAAGGCGGGAGCCGCCAUAGUUGAUGAUUCAGGGCGGACGAUAUGGGCUGAGACACUACCCCCAAACACUUCUGCACAAAAAGCAGAAUUGAUUGCCCUAAUACAGGCUCUGGAGCAAGCCAAAGGGAAGAGAGUCACCAUUUUUACUGACAGCCGAUAUGCUUUCAGCACUGCCCAUAUUCAAGGUCCCAUAUACCAAGAAAGGGGAUUUCGGACAGCUGAGGGAAAAGAGGUCAAAAAUCUGCCUGAGAUUCGCAGGCUCUUGGAAGCUGUCCAACUACCCCGGGCAGUAGCUAUAGUACAUGUCCCCGGUCACCAGAAGGAAGAAGACCCUAAGGCGCGAGGCAAUCGUGCUGCUGAUGCGGCCGCUCGAGAAGCGGCUAGCCGGGACUAUGCCGCCCCCAUAUUAGCCGUGGGCCUUCCACCCCCUGGUAUGGGGACCUUGCCACCAGUUCCCGAAUAUUCCCUCCCUGAUCUCGCCUGGAUCAACAAGGAUACCACCCUCCAGAAAGAUGACCAAGAUGGAUGGUACCGAGACCAAAACAACAACCUGAUCUUGCCUGCCACCCUGGGUCGUCACCUGUGUGAACACCUGCACACAACUACGCACUUGGGAGAAAAAAAGACCCUAACACUUCUCCAGAUGGCCUGCCUGAGGUUCCCUCGACAAAAUGCAACUGUACGAGAGAUAAUUCAAGCCUGCGAAGCGUGCCAGCUGAUGAGGGCAGAGAAGAAGCAGCACUCGGGAACGAGGUCGACGGGAUUGGACCCUGGGUUCACUGCAAUCACGUGCGGCAAGCUACAUCGGAAGAGGUGGGAUGUCGGAAACAGAGAUCUAGUUAGCUUCACCUUCAAGGACCGUAGACACCAGGGGCCUCAGGUACGAGUACGAUUUAACCAGGAACGGGCGAAAAAAGAAAACCGCUGGACCUCAGGACUGACUUGGGGUUUUCAACUUCACGUAAAUUGGCCCGGCCCCUACCCAGGCGAGCUUUUAAUCAUUAAACAGGUUAUUGAGCCGGUGCAGGUACAUAGUUUAGGUCCCAAUCUGGUCAAAGCAUUACAGGGGCACAAGGCGACCCCCAAGCCAACCCCCUUCAGACCAAGCUUGCCAGGAACAUUUAACAUCUCUUCUACCCCGAGCCUCAGAGGCAAACUGACAGAAACCCCUGGCCCUCUGGCUGUUACCAUUAGCUCAGCAAUUCAGGACCCCCUAUGGGCCUUAGUGAAUGCAGCCUUUACGGUCAUAAACCAUACCAACCCUAAUGCAACCCAGUCCUGUUGGCUUUGUUAUAAUCUUCACCCCCCCUUCUAUGAGGCCAUAGGCCUCAAUGUCUCUUACCACUUAUCUUCAGGCCAGGACCCACCCCCAUGCCGAUGGGAAGAACGCAAGAGCCCACAAGGCACAACUGCCGAGCCCACGGCCGCAACCGCUAAGCUUGUGUGCCGCAACUACGAGGCCCGAGCACCGCAGCUAGAGAAAGCCCGCGCGCAGCAACGAAGAUGCCGCACCACGAAAAGCAAAGAAGUGAAUUACUGA